AUGUCCGCCCUGCCCCAAGCCCCUAUGUCAAGGUGCCUACGAGAAUCCUCCCAAGGAUGGGCCAUCGGCCUAUUCUGCGGCAUCAUCAUACACUACCUGAUCGCAAAGUGCUACAACCACUUGCAACGGCGGCGAAGAGAGAACGAGGAGUUCACGCCCAGGUACGUGGACUUUGAACUAGGGGGCUAUGAUCGCCAUGAAGAUAUGCUCGAGGAGGGGACAGAAGGGGAGAUGCUGGAAUCAUAUACUGGGAUGGAUGGGGUGGUGGAUUUCCCUAAGCGGGUUGUUGUGAGGAGGUCGCUGUGGGCGUGGGGUUGA